CUUUGUAUGGCGUUAGACGACAUUACAGUUUAACGACUGCUAACCCGUAUAUUAUACGUCGCUAUGAGGUAUCAUUCUGUAGCGACCGAGCCUUCCGCCAUGAAGAUGAAUGAUUUGGUUUUGCUUUUGGCCAGUGUUCCUGUGCUAAUACAUGGAGAGACCGAAUGUCCUUGCAAGACUAUAUCAAUACCACACGAAGAAACGUCGAACGAAGUACACCCUUAUCAAAGGCUCAUUUUUGAGCCGAUAUCUGUGAGGAGAGUGUUCGAUAUGACUACUUUCACUGUGACGUACAUUGCUGAUAUCCGGGGACCAGCCGAUGCCAUCAGCAAGUUCAACGGAACUGUGAGAAGAAUUUACGAUGCUGGAGAAAAUCCAAUUUUGGAGGCCCGAUUGGCCAUUCCGGCAAUGGAGACGCAAACAAACAAUCCAAUAGCUUUCAUUCUGUCGUCAGAGUCAACAUCAUCAUCGUUUGUCAUGGACAUAAACAAAACACAGACAGCAGACAAACAGACAGACUUUAGAGGAAAUCGAUGCCAUUUCACGACGUCAAGCACCACUGUUGGAAACACCUUCCGGUACAAUGCUAGAACGUCUUGUCCUGAUAAAGUUAGCUCCUAUUUCAAGCCAGUCUUGAGCAAGAGAGGGAAAGGAGUGCUAAGUUUUGAGGAAAUCGACGAGCUAAAGGAGAAGAAAUAUUUCAACUCCACUACAAGUAAUGAUGGAACGGAAGCGUCGUUCUCUAUAAAUCCCAUUGGAAUGCUUGUUGAUGGAAUCAAGAUGGAGUCGUUGAAAUUCCAGAUUUUAACGAUAUCAAAGAAUGAAUUGGAUUUGGUUGCAUUCAACGUAUGGAGUUUUGACAUCGUGUAAGAGACAUUUCUAAAAUAAAAGUCAGUUAUUAAGCAUCA